UCUCCAUGUCUACACAACUCCCAUGGCUCUCAAGUUCUGCACCUCCACCAGACGUCCAUAUCCGAAUCCAUGACGUCUCCUUCCAUCUUAACAAGGAAUGCAUGUCAUCAAGAUCAGCAACACUAUCCAAACUCUUACAAACAAACAACUACAUAGACCUCUCCAUCUUCACCGACAUUCCGGCCACCGUCGCCGUCGAAGCCUUCAGACUUGUUGCCAUCUUCUCCUACAACCACCCACCACCUCUCACCUCCGACAACAUCAUUCCAGUUGCAUGCCUUGCUGCAUUCCUCUCCAUGACUGAAGAUCACAGCCCCAACAACCUCCUCAAAUUCACUCUCUCCUCCUUCUCCUCUCAAAUCCUCCCAAACUGGAACUCCACCAUCAAAGCCUUCAAGUCCACUGAACCACUGAUCUCCCAUGCGCAAAAGCUUGGCCUCAUUGAUGCCUGCCUUAAUUCCAUCUCCAGCAAGGCCUUCGCUGAUCCUAGCCUUCUCGAUACACCUUAUCCGGUUGAUACCAAGCCUUUGGCUUGCCGGAGACUCUUCUCUCUCCUCCUCCUCCUCUUCCUCCUCCAAUGAAGACAUCACAAGCCUUUCUCUCCCUCUCUUUGAGCUUGCAAUCACUUGCUUAUCACUUUCCGGCAUCCCACCUGAUCAUAUCGGCCACUGUCUUUUUCGAUACGCCAGCAAAGCUUGUCAAGAAACAACCUCAAUUUAUGAGAGAAGCAAAAGCAAGAAGAUCAUUGAAUCAAUUGUGGCUUUAAUACCAAACAAGAGAGGAUCAAUACAUGCAUCAAAUCUCCUCCAAAUUCUACGUGCAGCCAUUGACGUGCAUGCAAAUAAGACAUGCAUUCAUGGGCUUGAGUCUAUGAUAGCCAUGCAACUCACUGAAGUCACUAUUGAAGAUCUUCUAACCCAUGACAUAGAGUGCAUGAAGAGAAAUACUCGGUUACUUCAUUGCAUGCUGUGAAACUGAAUCAAAUGCAAAAGAAGCAGAGUUUGUGAUUGAGAUCAUGGAGGAGUAUGCAGGAGAGAUGGCAAGAGAAGGUAGUUUGGAGAAGGAUGAGUUUGUGGGGUUUAUGGAUAGAAUGAGAGUGUUGUUGGAUCCUUUGGGGAGGUGUUAUGAUGGAGUUUAUAGAGCAGUGGAUAUAUACUUGGAUGCUCAUGGGGAUUUGACUGAGAGGGAGAGGGAGGAGGUUUGCAGAGUGUUGAGUUGCAGGAGAAUGUCUGAAGAGGCUUGUGUCCAUGCUGCACAGAAUGAGAGGUUGCCAAUGAGGUUUGUAGCUCAAGUGUUGUUUAUUGGGCAGAUGAGGAUAAGAGAGGUGCUGAUUAAUGGAGAUGAGUUGAGUAGUAGUGAGAAGGAGAGGAAGAAGAAGGUGAUAAUAAUGGAGGAAGAGGAGGAGAUGAAGAUGGAGAUGGAGAAGGUAAAGAAGAAAAGGAAGAGAGGAGUUUGGAAGGAGAUGAAGGGGUUGUUUGGAUGUAAGAGUGGGUGUGAUAAAGAGUGAAGGAGAGUGUUCAAAGUUUUGAUUUUUUUUUAGUGUUUUGAUUGGUUGGUUAGAUUGUUGAGUGAUUUAGUGUGGUGUUGUUUUUUUGUGGGGAAUUAUUGGAAUAAAAAAAUAUUUUUUUUUUAA